UUUUGUGUCUCUCUUUGUAUGCCCCACCAAUCAUUUGUAGGCUUAUUUUUGAGACAACAUAGAAGACCAUCCAUUCUUAAAACAUAUUCCUUCCAGCACUCCUUUAAUAACCAAUUUAUUCGCGGCAUGAAGGCUUAUAUUCAAUUUAUUGGACAAUAUUCACCGGAGGGUCCUCCCAGUUUACUCGUUCAUUAUGAUUCGCAACGUUAUCUCAUCAACUGUCGCGAAGGGACACAACGGCUUUGUGUUCAGGAUAAAAUACGACAUCAUGCUGUAGCCUCUAAUAAUAUGUAAUAUGCUGCAAUUGUUUAGGUAUGCUUCUGACGUUGACAGAUACUGGCAUCGGAAAUAUUGAUUUGCAUGGUGGUAAAAACUUAUCACACUUAAUUGCAGCUACUAGGCAAUUUGUAUACAGGACAAAUGCAAAUGUUAAUGUUCAUGAAUUCAGCGAAGAUUCAGCACCAUAUACCGAUAAAAUCGUAACGGUUGAUCCUAUUAUUGCUUUACCCGACAGAAUACGCAAACGAAAUUACGAACAAUUCAAGAAAGACGACAAUGGUACAUGUGACAUGGAAGCAUCGUCUUCAGAUUCUGAUGCUGAAAAAAGAGGUCACCCUACAUUUAUGUUGAAAGGCGAUAAAGCAGACGAUUAUAGAAAGAAUGUCAUAUCGCAAAUGUUUACCAACAUAGCAUCAACAAACGGUCAAAAAGCUCCUGGCCAUACAAUAGAAGCUGACUGUACACCUCGAUUCACUGCACCAACAAACAAGCCUAAAAGACAGCAACCGCCUUAUCUAGUUGAUCCUUUACCGAAAACGAGCGCCUUUCCAGCAGCUAUCUCUUAUAUAUGGAAGGGGCCUACGGUGCCUCGUAAAUUCAAUAAAGAAGCAGCACUUAAAUUAGGAUUAAAGCCUGGUCCUAAUUAUGGUAAAUUGCAGAAAGGAAUUUCUGUCACUACCGACGAUGGGCGAGUCAUAACUCAAGACAUGGUUUGCGAACCUGAAAGACCUGGUCAUGUAUUUAUUGUUGUUGAUUGCCCGAGUGUUACUUAUAUCGACAGCCUUAUACAUAACGCUAAGUUUGAUCUUUACAAAAAAAACGGGACCACUAAAGCACACGUUAUGAUUCAUUUUGUUGGAAAAGAUGUUCUGCGAGAUCAGAGAUACUUGGAUUGGCUGCAUGGUUUUGAUACUGAAACAGAUCAUGUCUUUGCGUCUACGGAAAUCUGUGCGCAAACAGUCCAAUUCAGAUCACACGCACUAGGACAAGUGAAAUUAUCCAUGUUGAAUAAGGAUAUUUUCCCGAUUCCACACUACAAUAAUACACCGGAAUUGGCGUUAGAUAAAUUGAAUGGCCUACCUGAACGAAGUUAUGCCUUGAAAAGUAUGGACAGUUAUAUUCUUGAACCAAAACCUCAAUUGCAACACUCCGACAUACCCCUUUUCGAUCAUACAAAUUCAAACUCACCGGAAAUUCAAGAACUGAAUCAGUUGACUGAAUAUCAUGAAGCGGUCAAGAUUGCAAAGCAACAAGCUGAUAAAGUUCAAAUAGACGAAAUAUUUCCCGGUAGCAAUGUGGAGAUCAUCACUUUGGGUACUGGAAGCUCUAUACCUGCAAAAUACAGAAAUGUAAGUGCUACAUACAUCAAGAUUCCUGGAUAUGGUUCAAUCAUGUUGGACGCAGGCGAAGGAACUUAUGGUCAAUUGAUGCGCAGAUUUGGGAUUCGAAAGCUUGGAGAAGAAUUAAAAUCACUACGAUGUAUUUUCGUAUCCCAUCUACACGCAGACCAUCAUCUAGGUGUUAUCCAAUUGAUCAACAAAUGGAAUAAAAUGCACUGGGAAGAUGAUGCUACUUUGACCAUUGUUGCUCCUUUCAUCUAUAUGAAUUGGUUGAAAGAGUAUAACAGAGUUGAGUACUUCUUGAAGAAAAACAAAGUGAAAUUUAUUAGAAAUGAGAGCAUUUUGGCAUCACGAGAGCCUGUAGGCGAAGAAUUAAAGAGUUUGGAGAAUUUGAAGACGACGUUAGGACUCUCAGUACUCGAACCAGUAGACGUAAUUCACUGUCUAUAUGCAUAUGGCUUGUCUUUGGAACAUGAAUCCGGAUGGAAACUAGUCUAUUCGGGUGAUACCCGACCUUGUAAUAAGCUUGUUGAAAGAGGAAAAGAUGCAACCAUACUCAUUCAUGAAGCAACGCUUGAGGAUGCAGAAAAGGAAAAGGCGAUAGCAAAGCGUCAUACGACUCUAAGCGAAGCCAUUGAAGUGGGAGAAAGAAUGAAUGCUCGAUUUACAUUGCUGAAUCACUUUAGUCAGCGAUAUCCUAAAUUGCCUGUUCUUUCCAAAGAUCUUAACGUUUGCUUCAGCUUUGAUUUGAUGUCUUUACCUAUCAAGCAUUUGCCAUUGUUACCCAAAUACACGGAUGCGAUGUUACUUGCCUUCAAAGAUGACGAUGAAGACAAUAAUACUGUUAAGAAGUAGUGUAGUAUGUCUUCUAAUCUGUAUAUAUAGUUAUUGUAUGUAUCAGUUUCCCUUUUGUAAAUAAAUUGUAUAUAAUAGUGUAUGUAUCAUCCUUUUGCCUUUUGUCGGUUCUCGAAAGACAAAACAUGCAACGUCUAGAUCCUUUUUUUGUUCUUUUGCGGCUUUAUGUGUUACGAGGUGG